CUCACUAAAGGAGAUGACAGGACUUGGGAUUUACAAAUUUGAAAAUGGAGAAAGUUACCUAUCAAAUUGCUUCCCAACAAGAUCAUAUUUUCAUCCAAGAAACGAAGGGGCAGGACACUGGCUAGUAGCACACAGAAAUACAUUGGAAGAGGGAAUAUCAAAAAGGAAAAACGUUUCAGGAUCGUGUUUCGAAGUGCACUCCGGGAAACAUGAAAAGGGAAGACCAGAGAGUGCAAGCAGCACUUUAGAUGCUCAACUUUUAAUUACACUGCAUUGUGUGGAUAAGCCCUCCGACCUCUGUUCUGUUAACAUCAGUGGGCAGCAUUUGCAAAUGGUCAAACUUGAGGGUUUGGAAAAAUUUGAUCACAUUACUUACAUAAAUGCCUCAGAUAACCAUUUAACUUUAGAGCCUUUUGACAGGUUUCCUGCACUAAGGGAAUUGGAACUAUCACUGAACAGUCUCCGUAAUUUUGAUAUUCAUGCUGAAGAAUUCCAGAGAUUGGAGGUUUUGGAUUUAUCUUUCAAUAACAUAUCAGGAGAAAGUAUAUUAAAUCUAGGCCUGUUAGCACGUCUGAAGGUGCUCCAUCUAACUGGAAACCAACUGCAGAUGCUUCCACCUAAUAUGGCUGGACCUUGUACCUGCCCUGGAGAAAAGAGCACUCAACAGGGUUCCUUGCUAUUUCAAAAACUUGAAGUAUUGAUGCUUGAUGAGAACAAAUUAUCAUCUCCAGGAGUGUUUAUGAGUCUUGCUAACUUACAAAGGCUUUGUCAUCUAAACUUACAAGGAAAUUGUAUCUCAGGAGUCCCAUUCUUGGAACAAAUGGCAACAUUACAAGAUGACCAGACAGGCAUUAUGCCAGGCAUUAGCAUCAGACAGAGCGUGAGCCUGACAAAUGACAAGAGGAUAAAGUUCUCUGAAAUCACCAUGAGCCAGCAAAAACCAGAAAAAACACUGGAAGAGGACAAAGCAUGUCUUGAAAUACAUUCUGGUCCCUUAAAAUACUGUGAUGAUCAGAGAAAGGAGGAUGGAUGCUCUAUGGAUCUCCGUCUACCUUUUCAGGAACUUCGUCAUCUGAUUUUGGCCAACAAUGAGAUAGCUGAGGAAGAGGCAUUGUUGCCUGUGGCAUUGUUUCCAAAGCUCAAUGAGCUUGUUAUUCACUCAAACCCCUUGACAACACAGAGAAGUGGCGACCCACCAAUGCUGACCUGUUUUCUUCAAGACAAGCUGGGUAUUAAGAUAAGGCGCAAAAAGACAACGGAUCGCAUUAAGCGACAUAUUAAACUCCCUGUCAAUCCUAAAAGAAAGGUGAGAACUACAAUUCCAAACAUACCAAAAUUUCCUUCAAUCAUGGAAAAUCAACAUGCUACAGAACCACUCUGCCCAAAGAAAUAUACUGGAGAAGAAAGUCCUCAACCCUCAGAGUAUGGGUUAAUGCAUGCAUUUGGCUUAUCGUCUCAAACGAGCAUUGAAGACGAGGAAGACAUUGCCAUGGGCCAGGAGCAUUUAGACUUGGCAAGUGCAGACAUAUCCUUUGAGGCGAAUCAAGAUGCAGAGCCGUUCUUUGUAACAGAGAUUAAUGGCCUAAAUCAAUCUGAAUACCAAGAAGAGCUCGAUGAUCCAAAGCAAACCAGCCUGGAAAUGAAAGCCAAUAAAGCUUGUCCAGAAAAACUGAUUGGUUACGAAAUCUUACUUGAUGACACAUCUGAGCCAGAAAUGCCUGAGAUUUCUGGAAUUCAACACGCCGUAAGGGUUUUGGAGCACACGCUCAAGAACCUGCUUGUGUAUAGAGAUUCUAAAGCAAAUCUGGACCUUCCUCAGAAGCCGUACGCCAAAAGAGAGAAAAGGAUUAGAAAUCUGCCACCUUUGAGACCUAAGAAGUCAAAGGGAGAAAAAGUUGAAGAACUUCUCGCCCAAAUAAAGGAGAAGAAAACAAUAAGCAAAGUUCCCUUAGAUAAUGUACUCAAAGGAGGGAAUGAUAUUUGUAAGAGAGAAUAUGAAGAAGCACUAACUCUGCUGAAGGACAUGAAAAGGAAGUACAGGACGGCCCAUUUGAAAAGAGUGGAACAAGCAGAACAGAUUGAGACUGAGAAGACGUGUAAUCUAAAUUAACAGGUGCUUUACUUUCUGCUUUUACUAGAGACUGCAACAAAUUACUAUUAAGAUAUUGGAGAGAUGGCAACAAAAUAUGAUCUUUUGUAUUGAAUACAAAUAAACAGCAUAUGUCAUUGCUGUCAGAAAUAUAAAGUUUAGGUUACAUUUAUUUUCAUCAUGUGCUGAAAACUUACAUUUCUAGAGGCAUU